UGGACCAUUGAAUCAUUCACCGUCUUCGCUACCCUAGGACCGUCUUACCGUAAGCAUUGGUGCACUCUGCAUAUUUGUUCUAGCACCUUCUUCCCUUUCUUGCCCAGCUUAAGAGCCAACACGACACAUCACAACGCAAGAGUAACCAUUAAUCAUCCCUGUAUACUUGAAGAGGAUUCAUCUGAAACUAUUUUCUUCUCUUCCUCUGAGCUCAUCCUUCAACAAUGGCGACCGUGAUGCAGAAAAUAAAGGACAUCGAAGAUGAGAUGGCAAGAACGCAAAAGAACAAGGCUACUGCUCAUCAUUUGGGCUUGCUGAAGGCUAAACUGGCAAAGCUGCGGAGGGAACUCCUUACUCCUUCAUCAAAAGGUGCUGGAGGUGCUGGUGAAGGUUUUGAUGUUACUAAAAGUGGUGAUUCAAGGGUUGGUCUUGUGGGUUUCCCUUCAGUUGGCAAAUCUACUCUACUGAAUAAAUUGACUGGGACAUUUUCAGAGGUUGCUUCCUACGAGUUUACAACCUUAACUUGCAUCCCUGGCGUGAUCACGUAUCGUGGAGCUAAAAUUCAGUUGCUGGAUCUCCCUGGAAUUAUUGAGGGUGCUAAAGAUGGAAAGGGUAGAGGAAGACAGGUUAUCAGUACUGCAAGGACUUGCAAUUGUAUUUUAAUUGUUCUUGAUGCCAUAAAGCCAAUAACUCAUAAGCGGCUUAUAGAAAAAGAGCUGGAGGGAUUUGGUAUAAGGUUAAAUAAAGAGCCACCAAAUCUGACUUUUAGGAAGAAAGAUAAAGGUGGAAUCAACCUCACUUCAACGGUUACCAACACACAUUUGGAUCUUGACACUGUGAAGGCUAUAUGUAGUGAGUACAAAAUUCACAAUGCAGAUAUUACUCUCAGAUAUGAUGCUACUGCCGAUGACCUUAUAGAUGUUAUCGAGGGAAGUAGAGUAUACAUGCCUUGCAUCUAUGUUGUGAACAAGAUUGAUCAGAUCACACUUGAGGAAUUAGAGAUAUUGGAUAAGCUACCUCAUUACUGCCCAAUCAGUGCACACCUGGAGUGGAACCUCGAUGGUCUUCUGGAGAAAAUUUGGGAAUAUCUCAAUUUAACUCGUAUUUAUACUAAACCUAAAGGGAUGAAUCCUGACUACGAGGACCCGGUAAUAUUGUCAUCUAAAAGAAGAACAGUUGAGGACUUCUGCAAUCGCAUUCACAAGGAUAUGCUUAAACAGUUUAAGUAUGCUCUGGUCUGGGGUUCAAGUGCGAAGCACAAGCCUCAAAGAGUUGGCAAGGAGCAUGAACUUGAAGAUGAAGACGUGGUUCAGAUUAUCAAGAAGGUAUAAGAAGUUAUAAGUGUUGUUGCAAGGUAUUUAAGAUGAUAUCUUUUGGAAACAUAACAGGGGCAUGAGUUGGAACUGAGACUUCCAAGCAGUGAUUGAGGAUCUCUUCGUGAUUUCCCCGAGGUUAAAUCACACUCAAAUUACUUUCCUUUUUCAGUUGGGAGUUGAGUUGGGUAUUUCCAGUCCGGAGAUGUAAUUAAGAAACUCUAGUUUGUGAUGUCUCUUUUUGACUAUGCCGAUACAAAUGGUGGAUAUUUGGGGCUGCUCUUGUAACAUUAACAUGUUUUUCUUUUAGAUAGAUGAUUCAGGUGGAUAUGUUGGUAUGUUUUUUGCUGGACAUUCUGAACAAGAUACAGACAAACUUUAUCCAUGUCAAAUAGUACGACUGAUAUUGAAA